CUUUCCCCGCGCGCUCCUCUCCCGUGCUCCACGCCUUUCCCUGUCAGACGCCUAUCAUUGCCAGAACAGCCCUAGAAGCUCCACGGUCCGUCUUGAAGCCCUAGAGCAGCUCCUAACCGUUCUCAAGCACUGCUUGAGCUAUUACAUUCGCAGGCGGUAUUCCGGUUGCGAUCGCGGACGUGAUGGCGGAAGUCGAGGGAAAGCGCGUCAUCACUGUGGAUGACAUUAAGACUGUGCCGAUGGAUUUCCGCUUCCCCACAGCGAACCAGGCGAAACACUGCUUCACCUGCUACAACGAGUUUUACAAGUGCAUUGCUGAGAAGGGCGAGGGCGCCUCAGAGUGCCAGAAAUAUGCCAAGUCCUACCGGACAUUGUGCCCUGCUGAGUGGAUUGACAAGUGGAACGAGGAGCGUGAGAAGGGAAUCUUCGUUGGGCGCUACUAAGGAGUGUUUUGAAAACCUGUCUGCAAUCUGUACAACCCUCGCUGCUCAUUAGCCAUUUUAGUGGUCUAAAAUGUCACACCGAUAUAAAGACGUUAUGGCCUGGUUUCUUUCACCAAUCUCAUAACCAUUCAUUUGUAGUCAUUCCUUAUAUGGGUGUACUGGUACUAGUCAACUUACUCAGCGUGUACAGCUGUGUCACCCCCCUUCCCAUGA